AAGGUUUAAUUGAAUUCAACUUCAAGUCAGUUUUUUUUAGUUUUGCUACAUGUCUACCCGAAGUAAAACGCCACUUUUUGUUUUCUUCAGGUAUUUCUGUAUCUACGCUGCGCUGACAGUCACUUUUUCAUUUCUCAUGAUUGUGACAUUCUUCGUGGCCAUUAUGUCAUAUGAAGUGAAAAGAAUCAAAUCGGGCCGCAGAGAUUGUUUACCAUUCUGCUUUGCACCUCAACCAAAGGAGGGCGCGCCAGCCUGGGACGAACCUCGUCCACAGACCUCAAAUCAGGCCAUGCAGCGGUGGGGUAAGUUCUUGACCCAUCCUGUAACGAAAUGUGUGGUCAUAUGCUUCUCGCUAUUGCUGCUUGGUGCUGGAAUAUACGGAGUAACCCAAGUGGAAGAAGCGUUUGAUAGACGAAUCCUGGCAAAAGAUGAUACCUACUUGAAGCGAUUCUUGACUGCUCAAGAAGACAAUUUUGAUGUGUCCAUUCCGGUGAGCAUCGUGGAGAAUAGCGAUAUUGAUUACGAGCUGGACUCCACCCAGGAACAGAUCAGAGAGCUGACAAAUAUAGUCACAAGCAAUACUUAUUUCAGAAAGGAACUAUCACUGUCUUGGAUGAACUCAUUUUCUCAGUAUGCCAAGAUGUAUAAGAAGGACAUAACCGGUCCUAGAUUUUUGUCCGAGUUGAAGGCAUUUCUUCGCAUCUCCAACUUUUCCUAUUUCAAUCAAGACUUGAAGUUUUCCGAAGACGGCACAAAGCUGCAAGCUUCUCGUGUCCUCGGUUUUAUGAAGAGUGACGGCAGCUCCACCUUCCAGAAAAACGCCAUGCUUACACUCCGAGAUGACAUCGCAGAAAAGUCCAAACUCGAUGCCUUUCCAAUCACUCGACCGUUUAUAUUCUUUGAACAGUAUGUUUUAAUAUCAACGGAGACAAUAAGGAACCUGAUAAUCGCAGGCCUAGCGGUGUUUAUUGUCACAAGCCCCUUUCUGGUGGACUGUACUGUGGCGUUACUGGUGGUGCUCAACUUUGCAGCCUUAAUUUGCGAGCUAUUUGGGCUGAUGGUUAUCUGGAAUGUGUCCCUUAACACCGUGUCCAUGAUCAACCUCGUAAUGGCUAUUGGGUUCGCAGUCGAUUACAGCGCGCACAUUGCGCAUGCGUACGUCGUGUCAACCAAGUUAACAGCCAAUGAGCGAGUAGUGGAAGCUUUGAGCACUGUGGGUGCGAGUGUCUUAAUGGGAGGAUUCAGUACCUUCCUCGGCAUGAUCGUGCUGGCGUUCGCCGCUUCGGAGAUCUUCCGGAUAUUCUUCCGAAUGUUCUUCGGCAUUGUCGUGCUCGGUCUCCUUCACGGACUGUGUAUUAUGCCCGUUUAUCUGUCCUUAAUGUGCUGGAGACCUGCUGUUAACAGACCUCCUUCGGUAAGUGACAGUGCUGAGAAAGUGAACGACGGUUUACACUUGGAAUCGAUUGGAAGUGAAGAGAAAGUCGGCGCGAACGAUCUUACGGGUUCACCACUGUCUGGAGGCUGUGUGGAAGAGACUCGGGAACCAAACAACGCUGAGCAAACCACGCAAAAGGGCGAAGACGGAAAAGAUGGUGAAGUCGGAAUUCAAAAUAACGCGGUAACAACUGAUGACGAAAACGACGUUGGAGAGAACAAACAGGACAACACGAUAAUCAGUGAUCCUGAGCUCAACAAGUACAAAGUAGAGAAUGGUGAAGAGCUUGCUCACGGCGUCUCGGAGAAAACAGACACCCAUAAAAAUGACGAGACUUUAACUCCUGCGCCUGUAAACAAGCUUGAACAAUCCACGCCAAUAGCCAAUAGCAAUGAGGACACUGCACAUGCGUCAAAGGACACAGACAGGGAAGAGGACUCUGUAGCCAAUAAGAGAAACGAACAGCAUCCGGCUCGCAGAGUGCAUUUGCAAAAAGCUCCUCAAGUCACUUUAGUAGGCAUAAAACAGCUAUAAUUUUCUGUCGUGCCUAUUGGUUAUUCUUUUCGCGAGGUAAUGCUAUCAAAUUGAUACAGAGUCGAUAUAAACCCGGCACUUGUGUACUUUUUACACUGAUCAGUUUCUUUGAGCUGUUGUCAGUUUUUGUCACUUUGCUGGAUUUGUCCUAAUAUUGUUUCGAAAAUUAUCGCAAAAAAUCCUUAUUUUUUAAUUCAAUUUCGUAAAUAGGUUAAUAAUGAGUCCAAUUAUGCAUAUAUCUUUACUUUUUGUUCUUAUGUCUUCAUUUUUAUUUAUUAAAAAAAUAAUUAUACCUUGCCAAUAAUUGGCUGCUCCGAAAUUGCGGUCUUAAUUAAAGAGUCGAAUUGAGAGGUCAUACGAGCCCCUAAUCAAAGCAUUUUUGCUGAUCCUGGCCAUGUUCUCAGGGUAAGGAUAGUUCAAAAUAUUGAUUUCGUGACGGAGAACCCAAUUUGGCUGAGCAUGCAGGAAGGAGGAAAAUUUUGCUUAACUCAGAAGGCAAAUGCGGAGUAGUUUACCUCGGUUAUUUUUUGUUUGAUUGACACAAAAAGCAAUAUAUUUCUAUAAAUUUAUAGGGUGUUGGGAUAUAUUUAACAAUCAUUCGCCAAAGGCGAGGUAACUAUUAAUGUAUUUAUAGGUUGCCUUCAACGCCCAGGCGGCAACACAGCCAGGAAGCGUGGCAUGUAUUUGUAUGUUGAAUAUUUAUCGUAUAUAAUCGAUAAAAGUGCCGUUUUUUGUCACUGACUUAUAUAUUUUAGCACGACGUUUUGGCUAACUCUUAAGCCUUCUGAUGAAGGUUUAAGAGUUAGCCGAAACGUCUUGCUAAAAUAUACAAGUCAGUGA